GUACAAAAAUACAGCUAAGCAAACGUGCAGAUGUAUCAGCAGCCAUCACCACCUAACCAACCACCGCGCACCACCUUCAACCACCACCACACAGCCUUAACCACGUGUCCCCCUCGGCUACCCUCACAUCAAUUUUCCAGUAAAAAUCAUCUUCUUUUUUGGCUCUCUUCCAGCCUGUCCCCCCACUCUUUGAUUAUAACUGAUCAUUUUUUAUUAUUCAAUUCCGUUUAGUUUUUGGCCUCUUCUUCUGGGUCCUUCUCAUCUAUUAUUCUCGUCCAUCUCUUCUAUAGAUUCCUUCUAACCCACAAAAAAUCUUCAUAUUUUCUAUAAGAAACUGCCGUCCUACCUUCUUUGGUGGAUUUUGGAUACCCUUUUGAAAAAAAUUUGAAAUCUGACCCUUUCUUUGGUCCAGAUCUUUGAGUUUUAUUGGGAGUAUCAUGGCGGAAGAGCAUGGAUGUCAGGCACCUGAGGGCCACCGUUUGUGUGCAAAUAAUUGCGGAUUUUUUGGCAGCCCUGCUACUAAAGAUUUAUGUUCUAAAUGUUACGGAGAUCUUUGCCUGAAAGAGACACCAAAGAAUUCCAAAUCCAGCGAUUCUCCUUUAUUUUCAUCCCCGCCUUUGGUUGCGCCGUCGUCAUCUGUGGCGGAGACGUGGCCAACAAUAUCCUCGCCGGAAAACUCUCCUGCGGCGGCGCAACCGGUGGUGCCACACCAGCCCAGCAGGUGCUUUACGUGCAGGAAGAAGGUGGGGUUAAUGGGUUUCAGGUGUAGGUGUGGGACCACCUUCUGUGGUAGCCACCGGUACCCGGAACAACAUGGAUGUACCUUUGAUUUCAAGGGCAUGGGGAAGGAGGCCAUUGCCAAGGCCAAUCCUGUUGUCAAAGCUGAGAAGUUGGAGAAGAUAUGAUCAGAGCCGUUGAUUUCGAUGACUUUUCUGGCUGAUGAACGGUUGAGAUUAUGCGGACUAUUGACGAGGAUGAUCAUGGCACACUUGUAAAUUUGAUGUGAAUAAUUUUUCUUUUUGUUUCUAUUUUCUCUGUUUUCAUAAUUUAUGUGGGAUUUAGUGAAAAAAAAGAAAAAAAGAAAAAUAAUGAUGUCAAUAGAUGCUAUUUUCAUGCGAGUCCCCUUUUGUCUGCCAUUAUUCUAAUUUAUAAUUUUUGAAAUAGUUUUA